AUGUGGACUCCUGAUGAAAUAGCUCAGUUGUGUUAUGACCACUUCAAUACGUUGCCGAAAAAGGGGAAGCCAGACCCGGGCAGAGAGUGGACGCUCUUGGCCGCAGUGGUCAUGGUUACCGAACUCUCAGGUGGAGAAAAAGCUGAGAAAUCAGUGAUAUCUUUAGGAACUGGCACCAAGUGCAUUGGACGUUCUACUAUGAGUCCAAAGGGCGAUAUACUUAAUGACAGCCACGCGGAAGUUAUCGCUCGGCGGGGCUGUGUCAGGUACCUGACAGAAGAGCUGCGACGGGCAGUGCGUGGAGAGGGCAGUCAGGUUUUCUGUCGAAGUGAACACACAGGCAAAUGGAAAGUCCAGCCUGGUGUUUCCUUCCUCUUCUUCACCAGUCAUACCCCGUGUGGUGAUGCCUCCAUCAUACCCAUGACUUCCAGUCUGUCACAGCCCUGCCACCCAGUAGCGACCAAUGACAGUCACCAUGGCACUGGUUAUGUUCAGGCCAGAGAGGGCCUGAAACGGCAUGCAGAGUGUCAGGAAGAAGGGACCAACAAGCGUCUAAGGGGGCAGAACAAGGCAGCAGAGGAGGGAAAGGUAGAGAGCGGCCAACCUGUGGCCAACUUGGACCAGGAGGAAAAUGCUGAGAUGUCCCAGCUUCCAGACGUCCACCGCACGGGGGCUAAGAGUGUUCCUGGGGGUCCUGUUGACCCUCAUCUCCCCGGGGCGGGUUACCACAGUGUCGGCCUGCUGCGGGUCAAACCUGGCAGGGGUGAACCUACUCUCUCCCUGUCCUGCAGUGAUAAGCUGGCACGGUGGACCGUGCUAGGCUUCCAAGGUGCACUUCUCUCUCAUUACCUGGAGGGGGCGAUCUACUUUGAUGCUGUUGUGACAGGGAAAUGCCCCUAUAGCCAAGAUGCAAUGAAGAGGGCACUUAUCACCAGGUGUGAGAAAGUAACAGGGCUGCCCCAUGGUUUUUCACUGCACCCUCCUAAGCUGUUGCAGUCCAAUUUGGAGUUUGUGCACAGCCACACCCUGACUCAGCGUUGCCAUCACAGCGUCCAGGGAAAAAUCUCACCAUGUGGUGCAGCCAUAUGCUGGUGUGCUGUUUUGAACCAGCCACUGGAUGUCACUGCAAAUGGCUAUAAGCAGGGAGUGACCAAGAAGGCUAUGGGGACACCACAGUCCAGGUCUUUCAUAAGUAAAGUGGAGCUAUUUCACCUGUUUUUGGAUUUAAUAGCAGCAACUCCUAACUCGCAAAUCCCAGGAACUCUCAGAGGGAAGCAGCUUAAGUCGUACUGGGACUACAAGGAGGCAGCUGAAGUGUACCAACAGGCCUGGCUGCAGUUGCGUUCUCAGGUUUUCACUUUGUGGCUGCGCAGUCCCAGAGAGCUACUGCUGUUUGACUGAACCUCCGAAUGUCGCUACACUCCCCGACAAAAAAAGGCUAGCUCUAGCACCCUGGUGUUAGACAGCUGUGCUGCUUCAGAUAGCAUGACUUUCUUGAGUUAUCUUUCAAGACAUAUCAUGAUAUGUGAAUGGGGAGUGAAGGACGUUUGCCAACUAGGUAAAAAGCAGACACACAAAACCAAUGUCAAAAUAAUAUCUAACUUCAGAUGCCGACAGCUUGUGUAAGCUGAGACAGUCUUUGUGCCUGCGUUGCAGACUUUGUCUAUACUGUCGGAA